CCGGAGCAUGGCAUUUAUCAAGGCCAUCCCCUCUCGUCUUAUCUAUUUGUUCUAACAAUGGAACGCAUGAGCUACAGCAUUGUUGAUUCUGUUAAUAAGAACAUCUAAGCUUUUUGCUUUGUUAAGGGUGGCAUCCCUCCCCACCAUUUGUUCUUCGCCGACGACCUGAGUUUGUAUGUUAGAGCGGACAUCCCCAAUGCGGAUGUCAUCAACUCAAUCCUUGCAGUCUCCUAUGGACUCCUAUCAUUCUCCAUGUGGUUCUUGGUUUUAUCCUGGCUGUUUGCUCCUUUCCUUUUGAAUCCGUUGGGAUUCGAAUGGCAGAAGACAGUAGAAGAUUGGGAAUAUUGGUCAAAGUGGAUUAGCUGCAGGGGUGGCAUCGGAGUUUCCUAGGUUAAGAGUUGGGAAUCAUGGUGGGAGGAAGAACAGGAGCACCUGCGACACACCGGGCUCAUGGGACGUCUUGUGGAGAUCAUUCUUUUGCUUCGCUUCUUCAUCUACCAGUAAGGAAUUGUGUAUCAUCUAAACAUGACCACCACCAGCAGGCAAGGUAUUCGGUAGAGCCUAGCGGUGAGAAUUGCUCUCUAAACUUAAUGAUCUCACCUGUCUUCUUAAGCAAGAAACCCUUUUUCAAAUGUGCCUGGUUUCAGGUUUAUGGUCUUUCCUGGCUGGUCAUUGUAGCCGUGUUGGUUAUUCUAAAGAUCAUGUCGAUGAGUCGAAUGAAGUUCAGCGCGGAUUUCCAACUGAUGUUCAGACUCCUUAAGCUACUAAUGUUCAUCGGAGCCUACUAGCGUUCAUACCGACUGGGUGGGCGCUUCUGCUGAUAUCGCAAGCGUGCCGGAUAUCGGUGAAGGGAAUCGGGAUGGGGGAAUCGGUGAAGGCACUGGCAAGAGGGUACGAAUACAUGAUGGGAGUGUUGCUGUUUGCACUGACAGUGAUAUUGGCAUGGUUCCCGUUCGUAUCGGAAUUCCAGACGAGGCUGCUCUUCAACCAAUCCUUCGGCAGAGGCCUUCAAAUUCAACGUAUUCUGGCUGGUAGCAAGAAGCAUGCCUAAACAAAAAAAAGAAAAGGAAAAUAAAACCCAAGUGAAGGUGCAUUGAAGACGAAGAUGCCACUAGGAUGAACCAACAACUCUCAAAUUUAUUUAGUGGUUUCGAAUCUUGUAGAGCA